GAGCGACGUCACAUCUGCUCAGAGCGUGUGUUUGGAUUCAAGUGAUUAAUUUACAUUUGUGGGAAAUUUACCAAAUGAGAAAAAUAAUAAGCUGAAUAAAAACUGUAAACAGAGCGUAACUAGCGAAGUCUUCUACUAGUCCAGCAUUGAGGGCAGUUUUUUUGGACCAAAUCGCUCAACAACAUGACGAAAGAAGGAAGCAUGGGCAAGAAGUCAGUGGAGAAUAAUGACACUGAUAAAAAAGCAGCCUCCGAGGCAGGACCAGAUCCAUCCGCACCGAUUACUCGGAGAGGCGUGCUUACUUCGUUUCUAACUGGAAAGCCGAUGGAGAUACCCGAACAAGAUAUCCUUGGCAAGUGUAGAUUUGUGUCGGAAUUCGAAAAGUUAAACCGAAUCGGGGAAGGCACAUAUGGAAUAGUAUACAGGGCGCGAGAUACCAAAACGGACAAAGUUGUUGCAUUAAAAAAGGUUCGCAUGGAACAUGAAAAAGAUGGAUUGCCCGUUAGCGGCCUGAGAGAAAUCAGUGUCCUGUUAUCAUGCAGGCAUGAAAAUAUUGUGCACCUCAAAGAAGUUGUGGUUGGGCGCAGCUUGGAAAGUAUAUUCCUAGCCAUGGAAUAUUGCGAGCAAGAUUUGGCCAGUUUAUUGGACAAUAUGCAAGCCCCUUUCUCCGAGAGUCAAGUCAAGUGCAUUGUACUCCAAGUAUUGAAAGGCCUUCGUUAUCUGCACCAUAAUUUUAUCGUUCAUAGAGAUUUAAAAGUUUCGAAUUUACUCAUGACCGAUAAAGGGUGCGUAAAAAUUGCAGACUUUGGGUUAGCCAGGUGGUUUGGUCUACCUUUGACCCCGAUGACUCCACGAGUAGUUACGUUGUGGUAUAGAGCUCCUGAACUACUUCUUCAAGCAAAAACUCAAACAACUUCGGUGGAUAUGUGGGCAGCUGGUUGCAUUUUAGGUGAAUUACUCGGCCACAGACCUCUGUUACCUGGAAGGUCAGAAAUAGCUCAACUAGAACUGAUAGUAGACUUAUUGGGGACACCCAGCGAAGCAAUUUGGCCUGAAUUCAAUUCGCUACCAGCACUGCAAAAUUUCUCCUUGAAACAGCAACCGUACAACAACUUGAAACAGCGAUUUCCGUGGCUAAGUGCAGCCGGUCUUAGGCUAUUGAACUUUUUAUUCAUGUACGAUCCAAAGAAAAGAGCUACUGCCGAAGAGUGCUUGCAGAGCAGCUACUUUAAGGAGGCACCCCUGCCUUGUGACCCAAAGCUGAUGCCUACAUUCCCACAGCAUAGAAAUAUGAAGAAGUCUAAUCAGGCAAAAGAAGUUCGCGAACCUGAAAAUUCAGUUACAGAUCAAACCAGUAACUUGCCAGCUAUUUCCGAUCUCCUUGGAUCUCUCGUCAAAAAAAGGCGCGUGGAAUGAGCCCCAAGCCUAGAAACUCUUACAUUUGAACUUCUUACUGGUAAAAGUCAGUAAGUCUGUUACACAGAACGCUACGAAAAUCUACAAUUUCUGUACCAAUUGAGGUAUGGAAACUAGCUCAAGUUGUCAGCCUCCCAGCUUCAUAUGGAGCUCUGGGAAAACCCACCUUUGGUAUGAGACGAGACGUGUAAUGCUGGAAAGAAAUUUACUUGGAGUUUUAUAACUGAUAUGGAACAAUGAAUUGGAAAAUAAUAUUCAGUUCAUGAAUUUGCGGCACAGUGUUCUUCUUUCAUCUUAUUCUUUAUUAGAAUAAUAUUUCACAAAAUAUAAGUCACAUAAUUGAAGGAUAAUAUCUAUGUAUUUGAUUGAAUUGGAUUUCAUCCAAAAUGUAGCCAAGCCUAAGCUUUCUUUGCCACAAUUGAUGCUUCGUAGCGUUUUUUGUACUCUCCUCGAGGAUCGUAUUUUGCAGUAAGCUUGUCCCAGUCUCUCGGCCGUUUCACUCUAAGAUGUUCUAUCACUUUUUCCGCCGUAGAUUUUUGUUUUUCGUUGCAUUUGCUGCAUUCCGAUGAAAGGGCGUCGGGUAAAGUCUCUGUCAAAGUCAAAAUAAAUGUAAAUAAUGGUUUUACCACUGUAAACAUGGCUGCAGUCAAAUACUUUCAAACGCAACAAUAUUCAUGCCACCGACAGUCCGAUAUGUGCUAGUUGCGUAUCUUUAUAAAUGGAAUACUGCAGCUCCGGGCACUAAAUUUAAUAAUCACGCCACCUGCUACCGGCGUGCCUAAAAAAUUUCCGCUUUAAACGGUCUAAUAAAAAGUUACAGCAAUACAAUCCACUAUCAAUAUCGAAUCGGACGAACACGUACCGCCUUCUUUGGCCUGCAAUAAAUCGCAUUAAAAGUUUUUGCACGUCAUGUAUUUAUUACGCACGUUAUACCCAUAGCCUUUUUAAUCAUUGGCACGAAAUACUGUGCCCAGUAAUUGAGCUUCUCGAAUUAUUUAUUCUUAUUCGGUUAAUUCAUUCUUUCUACGUGCGACAGGUUACAAUAUACGCAUUCAUAUGCGUCGCAUCAUUGAAGUCUUAAAUAUCUGAGCAACGUUAUGCGGACUGUUGGGGCAUCGGUCACAUAAUUUAAAACCUUAUUUCAGAGUUUAAUUCAAGCUGUAGAUUUAGGAAAAUGUAGGGUUCUGCAUCAUUUGCUUUCUGCAAUAAAAACCAUGGAAGCAACAACGAGAUACUGAAAAUAACAUGACUAUAACAUUUC